ACAGCGGCAGCAGACAGCAGACAGCGGCUGCAGCAUGGCGCUGUUCGCGGCGCGGGUUCCCAGGAGGAUGAACAGAUGGCACUUUGCGUGGGUGGGCAAGGCGAUGGCGGCGGCCCUGGUGGUGUGGCUGGUGGUGGCAACGGGCGUGGUGCGCAUCGAAGUCCCGCACAGCCCCCUGUCGCUCGGCGCCGUCGCCAACACCACCCCGUCGCGCGUCGUCUUCGCCGACUCUCCGACGCCGGUCGCCGCCGCCAAAGCCGCGCAGGAAACGAAGAACACAGUACCGCCGACUGUUCUGUACAGCGCUAUGAAGCAAGUCUCCAACGUCCCUUUGGAUUUCUGGGCCAAAUACUCUGGCAAGUCGCUGCAGCUGAACAAGACGUGCGCCAAGUUUCCCAGUGUUCUCGAAUUGGACUUCAACAACCUUUACUGGCAAAGGACUGUGACUAGCAACGGUACCGUGUACCUGUUCAGUGCGUACGUUGACGUUCGUAAACAAAACAAGCAAGCGCCGACCGUGCGGCUUAUCGGUAUGAUCGACAGGAUUGAACCUAAAACCAAACUGACCUGUCAGCUCUGGUUCGAAGGGGAGAAGGCUCCAGUUUUCUCUCAAGUCUACGAGUACAAGUACAUUUGGAACGCAAAGUGGGGCAACUACAAACAAGGCAUCCUCCAGCCGUACCUGAUCAGUUGCAAAGUGCCGGAUUCUCACAAGUCUAAAGUGCCGUCAGCAGUAUCCGUGGUAGAAAAUCAGUGCGAUACGGCCACGACCAGUCUGCGGAUAAUCCACGAGAAGCCGGAGAAGAAGAAGGGCUUUGCUGUGUGCGUCAAGGGGCUGGACUUCAGGCACGCAGACAUGACCCUCCGCUUGGUCGAGUGGAUCGAGUUGCUGGGCAUCCUCGGAGCCGACAAGGUGUAUCUGUACGAGCUGCAGACGCAUCCCAACAUAAGCCGCCUCCUGAAGUACUACGAAGGCACGGGACAAGUGGACGUGAAGCCCCUCACGCUGCCUGCUUUCCAGCCCAACGUACACCCGCUGCAGCACAUGUACCUCACCAGAAAGCUCAUCCACAAGCGCCAGAACGAGGUCAUACCGUACAACGACUGCCUGUACAGGAACAUGUACAAGUACGACUACAUAGCCCUGCUGGACACGGACGAGGUCAUCAUGCCCGUGAAGGCGCUCGACUGGCACGAACUGAUGCGGUCGAUCAAGGCCGACGCCACGAAGACCAAACAGCCGGACUCUUACAACGUGCGCAACGUCUACUUCUUCGACGACGCCAAGCACGCGCACGGCUGGUUCGCAGACAUCCCGCCCUACAUGCACAUGCUGCAGCACGUGUACCGCGCCAAGAACUUCACGAAGGCGGGCCAGUUCGUGAAGUGCUUCCACGACACGGAGAGGGUGCUGGCGCUGCACAACCACUUCCCGUUCCACUGCCUCGGCACCUGCCACUCGUUCUCCGUGCCGACGGAGGCGGCGCAGCUGCAGCACUACAGGAAGGACUGUGUGAACCAGUUGAAGAACAUGUGCAACGACUACCGGACUAAUGUGCUAACCGACACGACCGUGUGGAAGUACAAAGAGGAGCUGAUUGCGAGGACUGCAGCUGUUCUCGACGCUAUAGAUUACACAGCGUAGCUGUAGCGCCUGCACUGCGCUCCUUUCCUACAGCCAGUGCUCGGAGGUGGACAACAGACCUACAGACUGGUCCGGCGAACUUACUGUGGCUACGAAAGCGCCUGUGCUAUAUUUAUUCCAAAGAGGAAAAGACUGAGUUUCGCUUCCUAAAUAGAGAAAGUGCUAGUUUCGCUACAUUAAAGUGCAAGUGAUUGUAGACCAAAGAUACUUAAUAUUCUGAGAAACUUAUUUGUGCUGUCCAACGUAAAAGUACAUUAUGUAUGAUAGUUUAAUGGAUCUUCAAGUAAACGAUCUAAUAUUUUUUUACAA